GAAGUUUCGAACUGACUGGAUCCAAUUGAUGUGUUGAAUUGAUCCAUUCUAUUUUCAUCGAACCGUAUUUUGAUGUUCUAAUUUAGCAACAAUUUUUUAAGAGUGGUAGUUGUACAAAGGCUUUAGUUUCUCUGGAUCGUCACCAUUCCCCGCUCAUCAAUCAUGCCUGCUGUCCGUGGAGAUGGUAUGCGUGGUUUAGCUGUGUUUAUCUCAGAUAUUAGAAAUUGCAAAAGUAAAGAGGCUGAGAUCAAGCGUAUCAACAAAGAGCUAGCAAAUAUAAGGAGUAAAUUUAAAGGUGACAAGACUUUGGAUGGAUACCAGAAGAAGAAAUAUGUCUGCAAACUCCUCUUCAUCUUCCUCCUGGGCCAUGAUAUUGACUUUGGUCAGAUGGAGGCUGUCAACCUUCUCUCCUCGAAUAAGUAUUCAGAGAAGCAAAUUGGCUAUCUCUUUAUAUCAGUUCUGGUGAACACUAACAGCGACUUGAUCAAGCUUAUUAUCCAAAGUAUUAAAAAUGAUUUGUCAUCAAGGAAUCCAAUCCACGUUAAUCUUGCCAUGCAAUGUAUAGCUAACAUUGGGAGCGCUGAUAUGGCAGAAGCAUUUGGUUAUGAUAUACCAAAACUCCUUGUCUCCGGUGACACAAUGGAUGUAGUCAAACAGUCAGCUGCUCUUUGUCUACUACGAUUAUUCCGCACAAGUCAAGAGAUCAUACCGGGAGGCGAAUGGACUUCUCGUAUCGUUCAUUUACUCAACGAUCAGCAUCUUGGUGUGGUGACUGCUGCAGCAUCUUUGAUUGAUGCCCUCGUGAAGCGCAACCCUGAAGAAUAUAAAGCUUGCAUCAGUCUGGCUGUGUCACGCCUAUCAAGGAUUGUCACCGCCAGUUACACUGAUCUACAAGAUUACACCUACUACUUCGUUCCUGCACCAUGGCUCUCUGUCAAGCUCCUUAGACUGUUACAAAAUUACACUCCACCGGAGGAUCCUGGAGUGCGUGGAAGAUUGAACGAAUGCUUGGAAAUCAUUUUGAACAAAGCUCAAGAGCCACCAAAAUCAAAGAAAGUUCAACAUUCGAAUGCCAAAAAUGCUGUAUUGUUCGAGGCCAUCAGUUUGAUCAUCCACAAUGACAGUGAGCCCAAUUUGUUGGUGAGGGCUUGUAAUCAGCUGGGUCAAUUCUUGUCGAAUCGUGAGACCAAUCUACGAUACUUAGCCCUUGAAUCAAUGUGUCUCCUGGCCACAUCAGAAUUUUCACAUGAAGCUGUCAAAAAACAUCAGGAGGUCGUCAUUUUAUCCAUGAAGAUGGAAAAAGAUGUUUCAGUACGACAACAGGCUGUAGAUCUUCUGUACGCUAUGUGUGAUAAAAGUAAUGCUGAAGAAAUAGUUCAAGAAAUGUUGAAUUACCUGGAAACAGCCGAUUAUUCCAUCAGAGAAGAAAUGGUUUUAAAAGUGGCCAUUUUAGCAGAAAAGUACGCCUCCGACUACACUUGGUAUGUUGACGUUAUUUUGAAUCUCAUAAGAAUAGCUGGUGACUAUGUGUCCGAGGAAGUUUGGUACAGAGUUAUUCAAAUAGUAAUCAAUAGAGAUGAUGUCCAAGGUUAUGCAGCUAAAACAGUUUUUGAGGCUUUACAAGCGCCAGCCUGUCAUGAAAACAUGGUGAAAGUUGGUGGUUACAUUUUAGGAGAAUUUGGCAAUUUAAUCGCUGGUGAUCAAAGAUCAGCACCAUCAGUACAAUUCCAGCUGCUACAUUCCAAAUAUCAUCUUUGCUCGCCAAUGACUCGGGCUCUCUUGUUAUCGACGUAUGUAAAAUUUGUGAAUCUUUUCCCGGAGGUAAAAUCAACCGUACAAGAUGUUUUCAGACAACACAGUAAUUUAAGAUCUGCAGAUGCUGAGCUCCAACAAAGAGCCUCCGAAUAUCUACAACUCUCAAUCCUUGUCUCGACAGAUGUCUUGGCAACAGUGUUGGAGGAAAUGCCAUCUUUCCCUGAGAGGGAGUCCUCUAUUUUAGCUGUUCUUAAGAAGAAGAAACCCGGUCGCAUUCCAGAAAACGAAAUACGUGAGCGAAAGAGUCCUGCUCCUCCUAGCUCUUAUCACCAAAAUAGUCAUGCAACAGCACAUGUAAAUGAUAAUAAAAAUAGUUCCGCAGACCUACUAGGAUUGUCUACUCCUCCUGCGAGUAAUACUGGUGUGUUAGUUGACGUUUUAGGGGACUUGUACAAUUCAACACCAGCACCUGCUGCUCAGACAACUUAUAAUCCCAAAAAAUUCAUCUGUAAAAAUAAUGGAGUUCUCUUCGAAAAUGAUCUUAUUCAAAUCGGUGUCAAGUGUGAAUUCCGACAGAACUUGGGCCGUCUAGGUUUAUUCUACGGAAAUAAAACUUCAUAUCCUCUACAUAACUUUGUCACGGCUCUAUCAAAUCCUUCAGAUUGGAUAUCGAAGAUGAAUAUUCAGUUGAAACCAGUUGAACCUGUACUGGAGGCCGGAGCCCAAAUUCAACAGACUGUCAACGCAGAAUGUGUUGAAGAUUACACUGACGCACCUUCUAUCAGUAUUGGGUUUGUUUACAAUAAUGUUCCUCAAAAACUUUCGGUCAAGUUACCACUAACGCUUAAUAAAUUCUUUGAGCCCACAGAAAUGAAUGGAGAAUCCUUCUUUGCCAGGUGGAAGAAUCUUGGAAGCACAUCCCAAAAAUCUCAAAAAAUUUUCCAAGCUUCCUCUCCCAUUGACAAUGAUUCAGCAAGAACAAAACUGCUUGGUUUCGGAAUGCAACUUCUGGAUGGAAUCGAUCCAAAUCCAGAUAACUUUGUCUGUGCCGGGAUUAUCCACACUCAAACACAGCAGAUAGGUUGCCUUCUACGCCUUGAACCCAAUAAACAAGCCCAGAUGUACAGAUUAACUGUUCGUUCCAGUAAAGAAUCAGUAUCAAUGGAAAUUUGUGAAUUGUUGGCAGACCAGUUCUAAACAGACCAAAUACUUGUUUUCCUUCUAUAUUUGUCCUGUGUAUUUGUACAUGAUUGUUGAAUUUACGUUUGUUUAUCUUGUUGAUGGUAAGUAUUUCUACUCAUUCGCUUACCCUCAAGGUUAAUAGCUUCAAAUGUCUGUUUUGAGCAUAUUUUCUCCCUGUAUUUUUCGAGGUGUAUAUCCUGUAUCCUGUUCCAUGAACUUAUUUAAGCUACAAAAUAUCUGUAAAAUCAUUUUAUAUAUCAAAGUCAGUCUGUAAGUGUUAGUCCUUGUAUAUUAAUGUCCCCCAAUGAUUUUUAUUAGAUUUAUUUAUGCAUUGUUCUGUAUACUUAUCUCCUCUCUUGAUUUUUCAAUAAUGCCCAAUUUUGAUCUUUUUUUCUCUCUCUUGAGGGGAGCCCAAGACUCAUGCUGUUAAUUUGACAUUUUGAUCGUUGUUUUUAUAUCUUUUCUGUUUAUUUUAUUUAUUUACUAUUUUUCUUAUCACAUAUUUUUUCUCUAGUUUUUACUUCUAUUCCAAAAUCAGGUUCUGGCUAAAAAUAAAAGUACAUCUGGAGGCGUGAUUACACAGUCUAAGUCCAAAUCUAAAAUGAGCAAAUGAGGGUUACAAAGCUUAUUCUCCCCAUCUAGGCCAGCAGGAGAAUUGAUGGACAAAGCGAUAGACAAGGAGGACAAAGAGAAUAUGGAGCGGUCAUACCGGAAGCGGGUGGUUGUGAUGGACAAAGUAGGUAACUGUAGACAACCUACGAGGCUCCCUAUUGUUAGUUCUUCAUUCUCCCUCUUAGUCUAUAUAAACCAUCUGUUUCAACCAACUGGAUUGCUCCAUUUUUCCUUUGUCUCCUUUGUCCGUUGCAUUGUCUGUCAGUUUCAAAUCAACUUGCUUGCAUGGAAUAAAAUCAACUUUAGUCAAUGAUUAUUCUACUUAGAGUGUCUUUGCCGGCUUUCGUCACUUGUUUCUUGUUUGACUUUCACAUAGCCAUACUUACUGUUUAUUCUUAAUUCGUCACUCAUUGUAAGAGAUAUUUGUACUCUCAGUCUGAAAUAUAUAUUGCAACAUUUCUCAUCUGUUGAGCAAGCAAACUUCGGAAGUGUAAUCAAGCCCUCCAUCAGCCAUCCUAAUUUUUUGCCGAACCAUCCAAGUUUCCUUACGUUUGCCCUUAUUUGAAUGUAUACUCAUGAAUAGAUUACAAAAUUAAAACUUGAUCGUAAUUUUCAGGUACAAUGUUUUAUUAAAAAUCCGAAAACAGUGUGUUGAUGUUGCCAAAAUCUACUAGAAUUAUUACUCCUGUCUUAUUUUGUGAAGUUUCCUAUGAGCCCAGCAAGUAAUUCCUCAAUUUACAAAAGAAUAAAACAUUUUUCUGUCUUUUGGAGUGAGAAAGAAUAUUUGAAUAAAGUGGACAAACAUAAGCCCAGAUAAAAAUCAAAUCGGCCAGAAGGAGUGCUGGAGCUCUAGAAGCUGGCCGAGUAGAAUGGGUCCAUUACUAAUGAUCAAAAUGUAGUCAUUGAAAAAAAAUUCAAAUUAAGGAAUUGGCCAUGAAAAAACAUUCAGAGCAUGAAAGGUAACCAACAGAGUUAGUUUUUUGAGGCAAACACUCAUUUAAAAUUACCCUGGAGACAAAAAUACUAUCUUGAAGCUUGGCAUGUGUGAUGUAAAUUUUGGUCUAGCAUAUUGACCAAGAAAUUGCAGAAAUGCGUUUCUCUGUCGCUCCUAUUUUAUUGUACAAAGGAGACCUAGUCAGAAUAGUGGCCGAAAAUUUUCACAAACAGAUCUAAAAAUAUCAAAGAAAAAUAUACGUAACUUCUCUGAAAAAUGAAAUUUUUCCUGGAAGAAUAAUAAUGGCAACCUGUAUAUGUUUCUGCAACAUAAGGCAGUAUUUUGCAGUCGGUGUGUAUCACUGUAUUGUCUCGGAGAUUUAGCUUGAUAAUUUCUUCCUGACCAUGGAAUCAAUUGAAUUUCUGUCUUGUUUUCAGGCAAAGUCACACGGAUAACUGUACCUAUGCUUUACACCACACAUGCCAACAACUAAAUUUUCAAAAUUCUUUUUGAAUAUCAGUAUCAAUUUUGGCUUUUUUUCCUAUUUUUUUUAUAAAUGAUUGAUUCAUCCUCCAACAACAAACGAAGAGGAAAAGACCAAAAAGUUCGUUCCCCAAAAGAAAUGAAUUUUCAAAGUCUCAGUAUUAUACCGGAUCCUUGGUUUUUGAAGCUGUAUAAAAAAAAGCAUCCUUUUACUUAACAAAAUAAUUUUACAAUGCUCAAACUUGUUUGAUAACCCUCUGAUUUUGGGAAUCAGGCGUUCAGAGCCAUUAAAAUUAUACACAAAAACUGAUAGCCCUGGUGCAAGUUAUUUUUAUCUAAGUAUGAUUUCUGUGAUAAAUGGGAUCUAUUCCCUUUCUCUAAUUUACAUUGAUAUCAGAUGUAAUCUUUGCAUCCCCUUUUUUUAUUGUUUUGUUUUAUACUCGCAGAAGAAAAGCCCGUAUAUGCAGUGAUUUCGCCUGCCAAAGGAUUUCUUGACGAGGUUAAAAAUUGAGAACCACAUUAUAUGCUUCUCAUUAUGAUUUCAUGUAGAAUAAGGGAAACUCGUGAGAAGUUUCCAAGUUCUAAGUUAGAAAAUAUUGUUUUGGUCUGUACCUUUUGCAACGACAUAAUUAUUUCUGUUUGCUGAAUUUCCAAAAUCAGAGAAAUGGAAAAAUUUUGCUGAAACAAGCCCUGAUUAUUUGCUGAAUGAAUAAGAUAGUAUUCAAUGACCAUUGAUUUGACCUGGGUUAAUUUUUGUUUUUUCACCAGUGAGAAGUUUAAUUUCACCAUCUAAUUCUAACAUGAAUGGCAAAAGUUGGUUUUCAUCUUAUAAGUGAAUUUUGGAAGUCUUUGAUAUGUCCAACUUGUUUUACAUGAAAUUUUGGUUGGAAGUGUCUUGAGAAAGUUUAAUUCUUACCCUGUCGAGUGGUCUAAAGACUAAUACCUCACUAUGUGCUGAAUGUUGAAAUUGAUAUACGAAGCAUUAGACAAAGAGAAAGCUAAGCAAUUAUCAGUGGAGGUGGUGGUAGCAAUGAACAAAGGAGGUAUGUUAUAGACUAACCAACGACAAUCCAUGAGAGACCAUGUGUUAGUCCAUCAUUUUCCUGCUUUAUCUCUAAUUCUACCUGUUUCAACCAACAGAAUUGCUCCAUAUUCCCUCUGUCUUCUUUGUCUAUCAAUUUCAAGAAUCAGCCUGCCAUUACCUUAAGUUUUAGGAGGUUUCUCAAUAUGAAUAAAUUUAGGUUAUUUCAGUCACAUCUGUAGAUUGUUUUUUUUCUCUUUUUUUCCGCUCAAAAGGUUUCACUUACUAAUUGAUUCAUCAAUUCUUUUUCCUGUCCUGGAAUUUUGAGCAAUAAAGUAUUGUACUGGGUUAUCAGCUUGUUGUGAUAAUUACUAACUGUAUCCUUUUUUUUUUUUUUUUUUUUUUUCAAGUUGAGUUGUUUCUGUCUAACUUAUUUAAAGUAGUAUUAUUACCCUUAUACAUCCAUGUAUAUCUGAAUUAUUUAUACUACCCUUGCCCAAUAACCCCUCUCUGUGUGUACUGAUAUUUAAGGAAAUGUAUUGCUACCUGGUAUGUUUGAUCUAUCUUAACUAUCACAAGUAUCCACAUCUACGAAUUAUGAAAAUUGCUGUAAUAAUAAGGCAUGGUUCAUAUUUGUUAUCAUUUUUUUUAAAAUGAAAACCAUGUUCCUAGCAGUCCUUUGUUGUUGUUCCAGUUUUGUAGACAAGCAGGAUUGUAAUGUUCAACAAAGUGAAUUUUACGUUCAAGAUAGCAAUUACUUAUUUCAACUCACCACUUAAAUAUCUGCUAUUCUGAGUAAUACAGAAUGAAAGGAAAUCAUAGCUGGACUUUAGUGUACGAGUUGUGCUGUAUUCCUCAGCUGAGCAGAGGUGGAUCCAGCAGUUCGACAACAAUAGCACUUCCUCACUUUAACAUGUGCUGAAUAAUUGAUUUUUGUCUGUAAAUGCAACUGAGCUGCAUAAGUUCCAAGGAAACAAAACUCGCUCCUUAUGUUACAUGUAAAAGAAAUAAAAUUGCUGCUUACUCUCUAAGUUUUAGCGCUGAAUCAGUUAAUUCAAGCAAUGAAUGACCGAACAAAAAAAUGAAUAAAUUAAUUGAUUCUGAUUUAAUUUUUUUUUUUUUUUAAAAAAAACACCUGUGCUUUUUUUUUAAAAAAAAAAAUGAAGAAGAGAUAGAGAAUUGAACACAGUUUUGGAAUCACGUCUGCCCAAUUCUAUUGGAAAGAUGUGCAUCAAGAUUGAAACUCAAACCACUCGGGUUCAACUCCUAUGAAAAUUCACCGUUGCACAAUCGAAAAAUUUACUACGCAGCUUAAAAUCCAAUCUUGCAUUGUUCUAACUAUCUAAUGAAAGGAAAAGUUGAUUGGUGUUGUAAGUUUUUGGAAUGCAACAAAUGCUCUUAUAUCAAAAUAGCUGCUCGCAGUGUUCUUAGUUUUUCAACUACAUUUCAUUAUCCUGUGAUAGUGGAUUACAUCUGCAGCCAAAUUUUUCUGAGAUUGCAGGAGUAAGCAAAUUGAAAGUUAACAGUAAUUUUUCAUUCGCUUUAGUUGUUUAUCCUAGGAGAAUACAAUAACAGAUCUUUUUAAUUAAUUAUAGAGUAUUUUUUGAUGUAUCAAGCUUAAGAAAGCCUCUGUGGAAGAGUCUAAAUGUGAUAUUUCCGGUGAGACAAGUUAAUUUUCGAAGCUCUCGAGUAACUGAUUAUUCGCCAUAAUCAACCAUCAAAUGGUUUUUAGGGCGUGCAAUCAAACAACUCCAUUCACCAUCCCCUUCCCCUUCAUUUUAUGUACAUUGAUUUUUUGCCAUUCCAAUGAUUUUUUUGUGUGAUAUUUUUUUCUCUUUCCUUGUAUAUUUACUUCAUCUUUUGGUAGGGAAAAUAACAACUAACCUUAAUCUCAGCUGCAUGAAACCUCGGCCAAGUGGAGUGAGAAGUUUGUCAAAAAAACUUCACUCACUCGCUUGUUUUCUUAAAAAAUCAACAAGACUGUAUUGUUUAAUUUUAGUAGGCAUCUGCAAAUACUUUACAUUGAAACUAAUUGUAAGUUGAAAUUUCUUUUCUUUGUCAGAAAUUCUUAGUGGAUGAGUCACCACAUUUGUGUCAUUAUGAUGUAGUUGACAUACUGGUGAUAAGUAGAGUCCCUGCACUUUAGAAAAAACCGAUAUCAUAGGGUUCUUAAAAGUAGUUCAUUCUUUUUGAUAAGCAUUAAAAAAUUCACAUUUUAUAUCGAUUGGCAAAAGCACCCAUUGAUCAAGAAAGAUUUCAGUUGUAAAAAUCUAACUGCAGCCAAAGAAACAGUGAUCGAGUGUCGAUCGAACUUUAGCUUUUCUCUCUCUCUCUGUAAAGUGUGAAUAUGACUUUCACUUUAAACUUUCUCGGGUUGAUCAUCAGUGGCGUGGCUUGCUUUGCAAUAUAUCGAUUGAUCUGCCAUUUAAACCCAUGCAAAAGGAUUGCUAGAUAGGGUGUUUGCAACCAACACCUCAAUAAUCCAUGUUUUACUGUAGUUUUAAAUGGGGAAAUAUCAAUAAUCAAUCAUUCAUGCCUCGCUACUGUUGAUCAUUUGAGCAUAUUACAUAUUCGAGGAACUGUACAUUUUUAAAAUUGUUAACAUUUUAGACAAAUGUAGUGUAGGAAAGUGAUAUGCUGGUAAUUUUUUAUUAGGAGUUUUAUUUUACUGCAAAUUGUAAAGUGUAUGUUUUGAUAUUGCACACAAUUUCUUGAUCUCAUUCAUCCUCUUUCACUUAACAGCUCUUGCUAUCUAUUGAGCCCAUUUUGAAUGCAGAAUUUUAUCAGUGGGUUCUCAGGUUAAUAUAAAUGGAUUCAAAAUGAGCCGUAUUUCGCCAUCAUUUUUUUCUUUCAGAAAAUCCACAACAACAUUUUGAUAUUCAGAUAAGCGCUUUAGAUAAUGUGGUAGAGAAUACAAGCUAUCGAACGGAAAAAUCCCGAGAUCUGUCUUUUGUACAUUCUUUGUUCUAAAGUUAUAUUAAAUUUUAAAAAAUAGAAUGUUCUUUCAGGCUCAGUUUGCUUUUGUUUUGCCACUAUUUGCUAGUUAGUAUUUAAGUUCUGAUAAGUUAUCGUUUCUGACUAUCAGGGGAUCUGUAAUGCGUAAUUUUUUAUGUUUUUAAAAAAUAAUAGAACCGAGGGAAGUGAGAUUGAUAAUUAGUUUUUUCUCCCCCUCGAGCAGCAUGGUCUGCAAAUAAUUAUGACAUCUAUCUUUUAUGCUUCUGAUGAAAUCUCAUCAGUUAUUUCUUUUACAAGCACUUAGUUUAACAAAAGUAUUUUCCAUUCAAGUAUCACGAGUUACUUGCAAUUUAAAAAAAAAAAAAAAAAAACAAAUAAACAUGCCUUCCCUUGAUGAAGGUCUAUUUUUCCCCUGAAUAUUAAUAAAAGGAGAUGGUACGGAUGAUGGAAAACUUUGGCGCUGAAUGAAUUUUGCUAUUUUUUCAUAUACUUACAUAACAUGUGUGCUUUACCAAGCUCCUGAAGACAGUGAACUUUAGAAAUUCAAUUUUCAAUAUGCCAAGUUUGGGGAAAGUAGGAUGAAAAAUUGAAUUUUUCAGUGGUUUUAAACGGUCGUUCUCAUGGUAUUGUUGUUGCACCGUCACUUCUGCUUUAUUUAAUUUAGAACAAUCCUCUGUUCUGAUAUCGACGAGACCAUUCGCCUUAUGUUUUUAUCACUGGGAAAAAUGUUGGUUCUUUUCGUCAAGAAACACCAGAACCUAAGGGCGUCCGUUUAUUCCCCUCGCUGGUGAAGAAUUGAAAGCCAUCUUCAAUCAUGUUGCAAUAUUUCUGCGAGAAACUGAGUGUAAAAUGUGUAAGGAUCAACUUUUUAGCCUUGUAUAUUGGCAUAUAGGAAGUCGCAUUUUUCAAGCUCAUCGUGUUAGGAGAUUGUGAAGAACAACAUAUUGAGCUUCCAUGAGCUCUGGAUGUUUUUCUAAUCCAUGCGCUUUUUUCUUUAUCCGUUAGAAACAGCUACAGUGGUAGGUAAAAAUGUCUCAUGAGGGGGUGUCAGAGGAGGAAUAUGGUAACUGAGGAUUUGUUUCCAUCAAAUUAAUGUUCGAUUGAGCGAGUUCAAGAGGUUGAAUGUGUUCACUAAUGGUGAAGUCAACAGGAUUAGCUGUGUCAUUCCAAUGGUUUAGAAGUCCUUCCCUACGGCAAUGAUCCCCCUGGGGUCUCAAUCAUUUUUGUAACAAGUUUAACCUUUCAAUCCAUUAUGCGGAGGAUAAAUAAUCUUACUCACUCAUUGCAUGCUUUUUUAAAAAGGAGUGACUUCAAUAUGCAAUCCAGUGGAUGUGUGCAAUACACUGGCUUCAUUUAAUCUACAUGUAUCUCACCUACUGUAGCGUUGCAAACUUUAUAUUCAAAGAGGGGAUUUGAAAGAAAAUCUGCCUUCUUAUCUUUUGAGCAAGUCAUAUGGUGCUUUUUGGAUGGUUGAUACUUUCAAAUUCCUUACAUACCCAACCAUCACUUUCGAAUUUUUAUUUAGCAAAUAAAGAACAAAGAGUCAGAUUAAUGUGAAAUUAAUUAUCUUUAUGGUUGGCCAAGGUCUACUGUUAUUUCGUGUUAAAUUUUCGGAAAUGAUAAACCAAUAUCUUUUUGUGAAAUAAUAAGAGAAAGAGUUGAUCUGACCUUUUUCUCAGAAUAUUCUUCCAAGUGGAUAAGCUCUGAAGAACAAAAAGCUCCCAUAGUGCACGAUCUAUGACCUUUCAAAGGUAUGGGUAGUGCCUAGAUUAGUUUCUAGACGAUGCAGAAAUAGAUUUGAAAGUUGAGGUCACUUUUUUGUCUAUUUUUUUAAGAGAAAUAAUUUACUUCAAGAAAUACGUUUUUAUUGGAAACUGCUCUCCAACAUGCGCAGAAUAAAUUAAAGAAUACCUUACUUUAACUCCAUACAAAAUCAUUAUGUGGACAAGAAAUGUUGGUUUUGAUCUAGUGCAAGAAUUUUCAGUACCUACACAAUGAAGUCAACCACUAUCCAUUGUAAUAUUUUAGGCAUUGGAUGUAAAGUCGACAAUGCUAUGUUAUUUUUGUAGUAUUAUUCAGUGUUUUUGAGAAGACAAUAUAAUUAAACUUGUAUGUUGUA